AUUUAUUUACGUGAAUGGUUAUGGGAAGAAGUUGGGCCUGGCCUGGUAUUACCACGGGUCCGGUUAAAAAACCGGUACAUACAGGCCGGUUCUGGGUUGACCCAGUGGCCAUUUCUACUCAGCAGCCCCCACACUCCGUGUGUAACUUGUCCAUGUAUAUAUACAUACAUGCUUUCAUCGUUAGCGGAGAUUCUGUUCAGUGUUCUCACACACGGGGCCCACAGAACAGCCAACUUGAAAGAAGCAUCCAAAUUUCCAAAGAUCCCUCUCAGUUUCCAGCCAGGAUGGCUGGGGCUGUGUCUGUAGUGGGUUCGUCUUUGGUUGAAUCGAAGCCUUGUCCGUGCCUGUGUUUUGAUGCUCUGCCUUCUUGCAAUUUGACCGGUGGAGAUUUAAUCUCGCAGAGGAAUACAAUUGGUAGAAAGCAUGCGCCUCGUUUGGGUUCGUUGGAUUUGAGAAGUUCAUUUCUUGAUUAUUCCUCGGUUAGAACUCUUUCGAGUGCGAAGAUUCUGAGGAAGCAGAGGAAAAAUAAGAGUCUUGUGGUGGUAGAUGAACUGGCUGGGCAGUAUGAAGACAAUUUUGAAGAUGUGAAAAAGCAAAUUCUGGAUUAUUUCACUUACAAAGCUGUGAGGACUGUGUUGUACCAGCUCUAUGAAAUGAACCCUCCUCAGUAUCGCUGGUUCUAUAAUUAUGUUGCAUCGAACGAACAUGGUUAUGGAAAGAGCUUUAUCCGCAACCUUGCAAAGGACAAGCAAGAACUUGCGGAAAGAGUGAUGGUAACACGGCUUCACCUCUAUGGAAAAUGGAUCAAGAAAUGCGAUCAUACGGAAAUGUACCAACGGAUUUCAGACCAGAAUCUUGAGUUGAUGCGUGAAAGGCUUAAAGAGACUGUGAUAUGGCCCACGGACGAUACCAACACUGAAGUGGUGGGUUGAAGGGCAUUACAAAUUGGGUGGUUCUUGGAGAAGGAUGUAUGUAGUAUUUGCCUAUUCUUUAUCAGUUUUCUGCGUGUGUUCAUCUGAUAUGUUUGGCUAUUCUAUCUUGUGUGUAUAGGGAUUCGAUUUUCACGGCUAUUUUAGAAUUUCGUAAUUGCUAGUAUGGUAAUAGUAUGUUUGUGAAUGGUUUUAUGGUGGUGGGCUGCUUGUGUUCAACCAACAAAUGGGUGAGCUGAAAAUGGUCGGAACACAAAUGGCCAAGUCAGUAGAAAUGUCAUGUUUUUUUAUCACCUUAAAUAUGAGUUAUCAUUUGGAAUUUUCUAAGUGAAGGAAAGUGAUCUCUCUCUCUCUCUCUCUCUCUCUCUCUCUCUCUCUGUGAUCUCUCUCUCUCUUCUUGUAAAGAUUUGCUUAACUGCAGGUUUGGUUGUUUGGGUAUUGAACUCAGGCUUGGAAUUUAUGUUACAAU